ACCGCAUAAACGGAUUUUUUGUGUUCAAUAAUAUAACUGUAAUAACUAACCAAAUUAUAAUUGUAACUUGCUAAACAAUGCCGUUAGAUGUGCAGGGUACUUUUGUUUCACAAAAGAUCAAUAAAAUAAGAUGGAUACCCGAAGAUUAUGUUGAAACUAAACAUUUCUUUACUGGAAGUUGGGAUGAUGAAGAAAACUCUAUAAAAGUUUGGAGUUUCGAGUCUCUUAAUGAAGAUGAAGAAGUUGAAUAUCCAAGACAAUUAUCUGAGUACAAGGUAGACGGGGAUGUAACGAAUAUAAAGUUUGUAGACAAGAAUUCAAUUGCUGUUUCUAUUUCGAGCGGAGACGUUCGAAUAUUAGAAGUAAGCGCCUAUGAUAGACAGACGCCUCUAAAAGAAGUUCAUACUUGGAAAACAUUACACAAUUUUAGCUCAGAGAAAUGUUCAUGCACAUCAUUGGAUACCUUAGAAGGAGACAUAGCAAGCAUAGGUGAAGAUGGUAAUAUAAACAUUCUAAACAGUAGAAGAGGAGACAUAACACGAAGUAUUAAAGGAGCAGAUAGCUGCUCUUUGCAUGCUGUUUGUUUUAUCAAACUAAAUGAGGUAAUAACAGGCAACAUCAGAGGUCACAUGAAAAUAUGGGAUUUGAGAUCAACAAAUGAUAAGCCUGUUGCAGCAUUUUUGCUCGCUGGAGAUGAGCUGGCAGCGACAUGUAUAACUCGACAUCCUACACAACCUCAUAUUAUAUUAGCCGGCAGUGAAUCGGGUGCUGUUGCUAUGUGGGACCUCCGUGUGAAUCAAUUCCCGACGUCUUUACUGAAUGCUCAUGCUGCUGGUAUUACAGAAAUGCAAUUCCACCCUGAAAAUCCUAAUAAGCUGCUCACAAGUUCUGUUUCUGGAGAAAUAUGGGAUUGGAAUAUGGAAACAUUGACAAAGAAAGGUCUAGAUGAAUAUGCUCCAUUGGAUGAUAAAACUGCAUUAAAUGUUACUUCAUUAAUGCCAACUCUACAUAAGGCGAUCAAUUCUCUGCACUGUGACAGAGGAAGGAUACUCUGUGGUGCUGAUAAUGAAGCUAUCUAUUUAAUUAAAAACUUCAAGUACUGAAUAAUAUAAUUUUUUGUUUGUUUUGCAUUCCGAGCAAAUACAUGUAUAAUUAAUUUUUUCCUUGUAAAAGGAGAGCUCAGAAUAUUUAAAUGUUUUAGGUUAAAAACGAUUCAGCCAAUGAACCAAUAAACACAUGUGCUCAAACACAUUAUAAUUUUUUUAUUCUGUCUCAAACAGGAACAAUUGAUUGUG